UUUCCUUCGGCGAGAGGACCAAAGGUUCUCCCUUUAACAGCCUCUCUUGAUGUAUUAUUCUCUUUUUAGAUUUGUUUGGCUUUGAGGAUUUGUCUUAUUGAUUGAGUUUUAAGAUAAUCUGUCUGUAAUUUCUGGACAAAGUUUGAAUUUUCCGGUGGCCGGAGUUUGUUCUGAGUCCUCCAAAACCAUUUUUUUCUGUCAGUGGAAAAGUGGAGAAGAUGAUUGCAUUGACAGCGAAGAGAUUUGUUCACCGGAAUCUUCUGAGUUUCUGGGGACGAGCUUUCUCCGGUGCGAGUUAUGGCUACAAAGAUAUAUUGAGUACAAAUAUGUUACGGGAUUUGAAGUUAGAAGAUGUUGUUGAUCUGUUUAGUGAUAUGGUAAAGUCUCGUCCUUUACCUUCAAUUUUUGAUUUCAGUAAACUCUUGAGUGCGAUUGCUAAGAUGAAGAAGUUUGAUGUUGUCAUCUCCUUGGGGGAGAAGAUGCAAAACUUGGGAAUCCGUCAUGAUCUCUAUACUUACAGUAUUUUGAUUAACUGUUUUUGCCGCUCCUCUCAAGUCUCUCUUGCGUUAGCUGUUCUUGGCAAGAUGAUGAAACUCGGCUAUGAGCCUAAUAUAGUCACGCUUAACUCGCUGCUCAACGGGUACUGUCACGGUAAGAGGAUAUCCGAGGCUGUAGCUUUAGUUGAUCAAAUGGUGGAAAUGGGAUAUCAACCUGAUCCCUUUACAUUUACAACUUUGAUUCAUGGACUUUUUCUCCACAACAAAGCUUCAGAGUCUGUGGCUUUAGUUGAACGGAUGGUUGUAAAAGGUUGUCAACCAAGUUUAGUUACUUAUGGUGUGGUAAUUAAUGGAAUCUGUAAGAGUGGUGAUAUUGAUUUGGCUUUAAAUCUGCUCAAGAAGAUGGAAGCAGGGAAAAUAGAGGCUGAUGUUGUGAUCUACAACACAGUCAUUGAUGGUCUUUGCAAAUACAGACAAGUGGAUGAUGCACUCAAUCUAUUCAACCAAAUGGAGAUCAAAGGAGUUAGAGCCGAUGUUGUUACCUACAACUCCCUCAUAAGUUGCCUUUGUAAUUACGGCAGAUGGAGUGAUGCCUCUGGCUUACUUAGUGAUAUGAUCGAGAAGAAAAUCGUCCCCAACGUAGUCACUUUCAAUGCUUUGAUCGAUGCGUUUGUGAAGGAGGGGAAGCUUAUAGAGGCUGAAAAAUUGUACGAGGAGAUGAUCAAAAGGUCUAUAUAUCCUAAUAUUUUCACUUACAAUUCCUUGAUCUAUGGGUUUUGUACGCAUGAUCGCCUAGAUGAGGCCAAACAGCUAUCUGAGUUCAUGGUUAGCAAGGACUGUAUCCCAGAUGUAGUGACUUAUAGUACGCUUAUAAAGGGAUUUUGCAAGUGUAAAAGGGUAGAGGAAGGUGUAGAACUCUUCCGCGAGAUGUCUCAAAAAGGAUUGGUUGGAAACACAAUCACUUACACCACUCUUAUCCAAGGGUUUUUUCAAGCUAGAGAUUGUGAUAAUGCCCAAAAAGUAUACAAAGAGAUGGAAUCUCAUGGUGUGGCUCCCAGUAUCAUGACAUACAACAUUUUGUUAGAUGGACUUUGUAAUAAUGGGAAGCUAGAGAAGGCAUUGGUGGUAUUUGAAUAUAUGCAAAAGAGUGGAACAGAACUUGAUAUCGUCACAUAUAAUAUUAUGAUUGAAGGGAUGUGCAAGGCUGGGAAGGUGGAAGAUGGGCGAGAUCUAUUUUGUAGCCUUCGCCUUAAAGGAGUGAAGCCUGAUGUUAUAACCUACAAUACAUUAAUCUCAGGCUUGUCUAGUAAACGCCUAUUACAGGAAGCUGAUGUCUUGCUUAGAAAAAUGAAAGAAGAUGGUCCUCUUCCAAAUAGCAGGACAUAUAAUACGCUGAUCAGGGCACACCUUAUAGAUGGUGACAAAGGAGCAUCAGCUGAACUCAUCAGAGAAAUGCGGAGUUGUGGGUUUGUUGGAGAUGCUUCAACUUUUGGCUUGGUCACUAAUAUGUUGCAUGAUGGGAGAUUGGACACAAGCUUUCUGGAAAUGCUUUCUUAAACUAUUCCUGAAGUGAGUAAGCCUCUUCUUUUACUAGUUAUUACUUCUCGAUGCAGUCAUUGUGUUCGUGAUUAUGUUUGAUUAGCUUUCUGUUAACCUGCCAAUAGAUGAACUUUAGAUGUUGAAGUUGUGGUGAACGUUUUGGGUUGUGAUUUGAUUUCUUCUUCUGUAUCCAUCGGAUGUUUUGGGUUGCUAUACACGUAAUUUUGUGAA